CAAAGAAUCUUUCCUUUAAAAAAAUAAAAUAAAAAACUAUUUACAGGUUACAAGAUGAAAGAUAUAUAUAAAAUUGUCUGUUUCUUCUUGGCUCCUGGUCCCUUUCCUCGGGCUCAACAUAUCUGGGACUUCAAUGAGUUCCACCAUCAUUUUGCCAUUGGAGCAAUGGACGGAGGAGAAGCAGAAGCAGUUGUGACGGUAAAGAGGGUUUGUAUGGUUGAACCGGCCGUGCCAACCCUGAGGCAGUCGAUGUUCCUGUCCAGUCUCGAUCUUCUCUUUUUACCCUUCCACAAUAUUCAGAGACUUCUCUUCUACAGGCUCACUCAUGCAAACGAUUACUCUUCAGUAAUAGAAAACCUGAAAAAUGGGCUGUCCUUAGUUUUGGUGCAUUUCUAUCCGCUGGCAGGUCAGAUGAAAAUUUCUGAAUCCGGCAGGCCGGAAGUGGAGUGCAACAACCGAGGAGUAGAAUUUAAGGAGGUGUCAAUCAAUGUACCCUUCCAUGACCUGGAAAAAGAUGGGUUUCAGCGAAAGCCCUUUUUCAAAAAUCUUGUCCAUGAGGCCGACAAUUCUGCAGAUGAAAAUUAUGGUAGACCGCUUCUGUCAAUACAGGUUACAGCUUUUGAGGGAGGCGGGAUAAGCAUCGGAACCACAAUUCAUCAUGUUAUGGUGGAUGGAAAUUCUUAUUGGCAUUUCAUGACAUCGUGGGCAGAGUGUAGUAGAGGCAUCUCCAUUGCCAAACCUCCUCAGCACGACAGAGCACUUUUGAAACAAGGUAACCAGAGCCCCAUGUCAAUUUCUUUCAAAGCCCACGAGAUAGUAAGCCAUGGGAUUACAGGGGCUAAGAUAUUCAAGUUUGUAACUGAGGAUUCACAGUUGGACAGCAUGGAAACAUCUGGCAGCUGGAAUGUGGAAAAAACCAAAGAGUCUCUUCAGAAAUGGGGGGAUCCCAAAAGGACAACAGAAGUGAUAAGCUCAACAUUGUGCUUUACAGAAGAUAUAAUACAGGAGCUGAAAAAUCGAAGUGGGGUUUCGAGCUCGUUUGUUGCAGUGGCGGCACAGUUUUGGAGAUGUGUAAUCAGAGCUCGCGAGGUGCCUCUGGAAGAAGCCGUUUAUUUCCUGGUGCUGGCUAAUUGCAGGGACAGGGUUAAACCUCCCCUGCUUCCAACUUAUUUUGGGAACUGCAUAUCUAUGGGUGUGGCGCAGACGACAGCGAACAAGCUUGUCCAUGCCGACAUCUCCUUCGCUGCAGAUGUUCUCCAGCAACUCAUCAAUUCCUGCACUCAGGAAGCGCAGAUCAAUCAUCUAAUUGACUGGGCGGAAUUUCCAAACAGAAAUUUUGUAAGUUUACUUGAAGAAGCAGGGUGGAAGUACGGAACUAAUGUGGCAAGUUCUCCAAGAUUUCCCUUAUACGAGAUGGAUUAUGGAUGGGGGAAGCCUGUAGAUGUGCAGAUGGCCAACAUAUAUGAAAUUGGAAGCAUGCAUUUGUCAUGUCCAAAGGAUGGAGGAAAAAGCAUUCUUGUCUCCACCUGCCUUCCUCAACACCAGAUGGACUUGUUACAAAAGCUUCUCUUCGUCUAGCGUAGAAUGAUUUCUGUUUUAAUAUGCUGCAAUUUGUGGGUGAUCCUGUGGACUAGCCGGAGCAACCAUGAUUUCCAGGCUGAGAGUUCUUAUUUUUAAGCAGUAUGUGCAUGGUAUAUGUAAGAGUUUGUAAUGAGCACAUGCCAAAAUCUUGUAUGAUUGACUGGUACAUGUGAUUGGUAUGUUCGGUACUCCUUCCACUUUGUGCUUUGGUUUCCUUCUCUUCAAGAUCCUAGAAACCUGUAUAAACAAGAGCUAAAAGGCAGCCCAGUUCCUACUAAUUUUUGGCAGGAAGGAUUUGCAUAAGUGGGCAGGGCAUCCACUCAGCCCUCCAUUUGUUGAGCCUAUCCAAGUUUGGCUUGAAUUGUUGUGACAUCUUAUAGAAUGAUGUGAAUAAAUUAGAUAUUAUUCAAUGUUGGAAAUUA